AUGUCAGGCGACCAACUUUUCGAAGAUUAUGAUCCGGAAAUGGAGGACAUUUUCGGAAGUUCACAUAAAGUUGGUUUUCAUCGGAAAAUUCCAAAAAUUCUCUCAAAUUUGCAGAUGACACCAAAACGAAUCACUAUUACCGAUGCGCAGAAAACUGAUCCUCUGCGAAAACCGAAAGUCUGUCUUCAGGCUCUUUUGGUGGCCGAAAAGCAGCCAAUCACUGCCAAACAAAUCGAGCAGCGCAUGCUGUGAGUUAACAGAAUUGAAUGAAACAUUUGAAAAUUGCCUUGCACCCCAAAAUGUCAACAAAAAUUUGUUCAGCGAAGACGACGGCUACGUGAUGGACUGCAAACAGUUCGGUUUCAUGACGCUGGACGAUCUGCUCUGCGCCUGCUCGGAUACCGUAAUCCACCACCGCCGCAAAGACGGCGAACACGUUUAUAUGGCGAAAGUGAACGAGGCGAACCAGGACAUUAUGGAGCUGGUGCAGCUGCAAACGGACCGCCAGGAGGCCAAACGGGCGCCCCGUUCCUUCCUGAGCACGAAGAGAGAGGGCGGCGGGCGCGGCGGCGGUCACGGAUCCUCGUUCCGACCCUACCACGGUCCCAGGGCCAGUUCGGCCGACAAACCGAGGGCCAACACUCAGCAGUCAGUGUAAGCAGAAAAAAAAUUGAAAAAAAAAAAGUUUUUCUGCCCAGAUUCCAAGCGCGCAGCACGUUGGGACCGUCGAAGAGCAGUGCGCGCGUGCGCAAUCUCGCCGACGUACUCCGUUCGUACCGCGCGGAGAUCGGACGUCCGCAUCCGAAAGAGCCGAACCGAAAGAUUGUGAGUCUUCUGCAGCUCCAGGAGCAAUUCAAGAAGGUGUACGGACUGCCGGCGUGGGGCAAAUAUAUGAGUGAAAAGUGCGUUGUAAAAAAAAUGCGUUUUUUUUAAUCGAAAAAUGUAUUGUAGAGAACUGUACGACGCGCUGAACGCGCCCGAAUUUGAGGGAAUUUUGAAAUUCUGGCGACUCACAUCCGACGGAGACGUUUACGUGGAAGAGGUGGAGACGUUGACGCAGAAUCAGGAGGAACCGAAAAAGCAGAAGGAGCAGGAGGAGAAGUCGCCGGAAGUUUCGAUUCAUAUGCCCUGUUUUAACAGUAAGGCCUUGAGUCUUUGCCUGCACUUUCAGUGUUUCAUUUGUAAAUUUUCAGUCUCGUCAUCAACUCCCCGCCGCGCCCGUUCCGUCCAUUCGGUUCUGGUCACUUCUCGUCAAUCUCUGGACGACGAGUCAAUGUUCGUUUCGAGACCCAAUCCCUCCCCCCCACCCCAAAAAUUACCUUUUUUUCUGUCAAUUUUUUUACAAAAAAAGAACCACGUUUUUUUUCUUCAAUUUUAGAGAGAUCCUAAAUCUAUCUGUCACCGUCGAUAUUGAGCGGUUUUGCAAUAUUUUUAAUUUAAAAAAAACCGAUUUUCUCUAUUUUUUCUAACAAUUUUUGCACUUUUUCAGAGACGCUUUCAGUAGUGUCGGCGACAGGACUCCAGACGCAACUGUGAGUCAAGAAAAUACGUGUUUUUUGAGAGAUUGAGAAAAAUUGAUUUCUAGAUGGUGUUGGAAGAGGAUCAAGGCGACGGAUUCUUCGAGUCGGGACCAGGAUUCGGCGGGAGAAAAGGUUUUUCCGACAAAAACCGGAGCGGUCCGCAAACGGCGGAACAGCUCGCCGAGCUGACCUCGAUGUUCGGAAAUUCUCAGUCGUCGGCUCCAACGGCUUCUGUUGCUCCGAAGACGACGACGACGACGACGACGACGAAAAUGGUGUCAUCGGAAGAAAUGAGAACGUACUCGCCGCUCAGCUAUAACGAUUCGACGUUCGGAUUCAACACUGAGGACAGUCUCGACGGUAGGGGCUUAUUUCUCACUCACAAUUCUAAUAGCGUUUCCCACAAAGUUCAUCGAAUUUUAUAGAAAAAACAUAUACUUUGCAGAACCGGAACCGCCACGUGCGCCCGUCGCCGCGGCUCCGGCUCCAGCAGCUCCACUCGCCGCCCGUCCGGAGGGGACGGUUCCUUCGCGUGCACUCGACGCGGCCGCCUUCCCGACUCGCUCGAUCAUCUCUCGCAACCCGACGCGCGUGCUCGCCAACUUCAUCAAGGACCGUGGAAGCGUGGCAUUCUCCGCCCUGCCGACCGACGACCGCACCAUCGUGAACUUCAACUCGCGCGUGUUCCACGUGUACGCGACGCAGCCGGGCGAGAUGUACGUCCGGCUGGCGGAUCCGACGUGCGACGUCAACGCGGUGACGUUCAGCGACAAGGAACUGCGCGAUCCGCUCGAGCCGGACCUCCGUUGGAUGUCCGAGUCGGCGCUCGCGUUCAAAAACGGCCGACAUCUGGUGAAGCCGGUGAUGUUCGUGGCACCACGUGGAUUUCUCGUGCUCGUCGCCGACGACUGGCCCUCCUCUUCCGAAGAGGGCGACUAUGUCGAGACGAAGAUCGAACGGCUCGAAAAUGUGCUGCGCAGCCACAUGCAACAGGCGCCCGUCAGGGAUUUGGAGCGGAAACAGAUGCGUCCGGGCAUGGCGGCCGCCUACAUUUACCGCGAGCACACGGAAGUGCGCUACUACCGAGUCCUGGUGCUCGGAAAGGCGCACCGGGAGGGCGACGUGAUGGUGCUUCUCGUCGACCACAACGAUCAGUAUUGUGUGGACGUGCAGAUGAACCAACUGUUCGCCCUCCCCGACAAGGUGGGAUUCAAGCACUUUGCGCCGAACGUCGUCUUCGCCACGCUUUACGGAGUGUCCGGAAUGGCGGAGGAGGAGCAGCAGUUGAUGUAUAAGAAUGCGGACGAUGAGGACCGAAAGCAGUUUAUCACCGGGUGGUUGUGCGGAGAGAAGGGGGUACGGGCCUUGAAUUGAAAAUGCGCAAAACUUGCAAGUUCUUCACAAAAAGCGCUAUAUUCUCGUGAAUUUCCGUUGGAUUUCGAACGAUUUGCACUUUUUUAGUGUUGCAAAAAGUUCUCAAAACGCAUGUUAAUACUUUUCUGGAAUAAGUCGAAAGAUUUUUUGAUCACAAAUUUUCGGGAAAAUUCGGAAAACACUAUAAAAAUUGCAGAAAAUCCUCAACAUUGACAUGACGUUCCGCGACGAGCAGGGCAACGUGGCGUGGCUCUCGUCGAUUGCGAAACGGCGCGGAGCGAUGAUGUGCUUGGACGCGCCGCGGUCGUCGCACAAUCAACAACCGGCCAAGAACUUUUUGGAUUCGCCGGAAGAUGCCAUUGAUUUUCUGGACUACACGACGACGAAGAAGGAAACGGAAGUGAAAGGGGGAAAAGAAGGAAGGAACGGAGAGAAACAAGAACAGCAGAAGCAGCAGCCGUUGAGGGAGAUCGAGACGGAGGGUGAGGAGGAGUUUUGCAAACACUUUUUGACCUAAUUGAAAUAUUCCAAUAAAAUCCAAACUUUGCAGGCUUCUUGCAAUUGGAUUGAGGUAUUUUGUGUUCAAAUUGCAGACCGAUCCGAUCCGAUUAUCUGGUUUUCGCGAAAUUUCGAGAAUUGUAGCCUUUUCUCUAGAGCAGUUAUCUAGAUCGGUCUGAAACUCGGACACGGCCUACUUCUAUCGAAAUUCAAGAAGCCUGCAAAGUUUGGGUUCGAUCGGAUCCAUACAGCUGAGCCAAAAGUCCAGGCCGAGGCCUGUUUUUCUACCAUAGAAAUCUGAUUUGUGUUCCUAGUAAAACCCUAUUUUGUUUGCAGAAUACGAGUUCGACUCGGACCUCGAGUCGACGUCGCCGCUAUCUGCUCCGACUCCUCCGGCCACGGCGAUCGUCUCCUCCGUCUCGGCGGCGCCUCUUCCGGCCAGUCUGUCGCCGUUCGAUCCGCAGACUCUGGACGUGUACGCACUUUUCGACCGCGGAGUGCGCGAGAAGGACUGGGGACUGCUGCACGUGCUCUCGACGUUCGCGCGCACAGUCGUUCUGUCGGCGCACGACGAGAAGGGCGAGUGGAAGCAGCUGCACAAGUACAUGGUCGACGUGGGAAGUCAGAAUGGAAUGCGUCUGCUCUAG